AUGCCAAGACAAGAUAUAAAAUUGAAGCAAAACCAGGAUAUUUCCCAAUUAUUCCAUGAUGAAAUACCCUUAUUCGACAACUCUAUAACUUCAAAGGAUAAAGAAGUCAUUGAGACGUUAUCUGAAAUAUAUUCUAUUAUAAUCACGUUAGACCACGUAGAGAAGGCAUACCUAAAGGACUCCAUAAACGACACCCAAUAUACCAAUACUGUUGACAAAUUACUGAAACAGUUCAAAGUCUACUUAAAUUCUCAAAAUAAAGACGAAAUUAACAAGCAUUUCCAAUCCAUUGAAGCAUUCUCCGAUAAAUACAACAUCACAGCCUCAAACGCAAUAACAAGAUUGGAAAGGGGCAUACCAAUUACAGCAGAACAUGCGAUAUCCACUGCCACGUUGACCCCAUCCGGUGAUAAUGAACAAGGUUCUUCUAGCGACAAAAAGUUCAAUGCUAAAUACGUCGCUGAAGCCACCGGUAAUUUCAUCACUGUGAUGGAUGCUUUGAAACUGAAUUAUAAUGCAAAAGAUCAAUUACAUCCUUUAUUGGCGGAACUGCUAAUCAGUAUAAAUCGUGUCACCAGAGAUGAUUUUGAGAAUAGAUCAAAACUCAUCGAUUGGAUUGUCAGAAUAAACAAGCUAUCAAUUGGUGACACUUUGACCGAAACACAAAUAAGAGAACUACUGUUUGAUUUGGACCUAGCCUAUAAAAGUUUUUAUGCUUUAUUAGAUUAG